CACGCCGCGGCGAUCAUGGCCGCGCGGGCAGCAGCGGCGGCGGCGGCGGCGGCGGCGGCGGCGCGGGCGCGGACGGGCAGCGGCGAGCGGCGGGCGCCCCCCGGGCCGCGGCCGGCGCCCGGGGCCCGGGACCUGGAGGCGGGGGCGCGCGGCGCGGCGGCGGCGGCGGCGGCGGCGGCGGCGGCGGCACCGGGACCCAUGCUGGGGGGCGGCGGCGACGGCGGCGGCCUGCAUAGUGUGCACCACCACCCCCUGCACCCCCGUCACGACCUGAACAUGGCCCAUAACGCGAGCACGGCGGCCGCCGCCGCCAGCUCUCACAGCGCCAAGAGCGGCGGCUCCGAGGCGGCUCUCAAGGAGGGUGGAAGCGCCGCCGCGCUGUCCUCCUCCUCCUCCGCGGCGGCGGCGGCGGCGGCGGCGGCGGCGGCGGCGGCGUCCUCCUCUUCCUCCUCGUCGGGCCCGGGCUCGGCCAUGGAGACGGGGCUGCUCCCCAACCACAAACUGAAAACCGUUGGCGAAGCCCCCGCCGCAGCGCCCCACCAGCAGCACCACCACCACCACCAUGCCCACCACCACCACCACCAUGCCCACCACCUCCACCACCACCACCACGCACUACAGCAGCAGCUAAACCAGUUCCAGCAGCAGCAGCAGCAGCAGCAACAGCAGCAGCAGCAACAGCAGCAGCAGCAGCAGCAGCAACAUCCCAUUUCCAACAACAACAGCCUCGGCGGCGCGGGCGGCGGCGCGGCUCAGCCCGGUCCCGACAUGGAGCAGCCGCAACAUGGAGGCGCCAAGGACAGUGCCGCGGGCAGCCAGGCCGACCCCCCGGGCCAGCCUCUGCUGAGCAAGCCGGGCGACGAGGACGACGCGCCGCCCAAGAUGGGGGAGCCGGCGGGCGGCCGGUUCGAGCACCCGGGCCUGGGCGCCCUGGGCGCGCAGCAGCCGCCGAUCGCCGUGCCCGGGGGCGGCGGCGGCGGCGGCGGCGGCGGCGGCGGCAGCGGCGGCGGCGGCGGCGGCGGCAGCGGCGGCGGCGGCGGUGGCGGCCCCGCGGCCGUCUCGGAGUUUAAUAAUUACUAUGGCAGCGCUGCCCCUGCUAGCGGCGGCCCCGGCGGCCGCACUGGGCCUUGCUUUGAUCAACAUGGCGGACAACAAAGCCCCGGGAUGGGGAUGAUGCAUUCCGCCCCAGCCGCCGCCGGAGCCCCCAACAGCAUGGACCCCCUGCAGAACUCCCACGAAGGGUACCCCAACAGCCAGUACAACCAUUAUCCGGGCUACAGCCGGCCCAGCGCGGGCGGCGGCGGCGGCGGCGGCGGAGGAGGAGGAGGAGGAGGCAGCGGAGGAGGAGGAGGAGGAGGAGGAGGAGGAGGAGGAGGAGGAGCAGGAGCGGGAGCUGUGGCGGCGGCGGCCGCGGCGGCGGCAGCAGCAGCAGGAGGCGGCGGCGGCGGCGGCGGCGGCGGCUAUGGGGGCUCGUCCUCGGGGUACGGGGUGCUGAGCUCCCCCCGGCAGCAGGGCGGCGGCAUGAUGAUGGGCCCCGGGGGCGGCGGGGCCGCGAGCCUCAGCAAGGCGGCCGCCGGCGCGGCGGCUGGGGGCUUCCAGCGCUUCGCCGGGCAGAACCAGCACCCGUCGGGGGCCACCCCGACCCUCAACCAGCUGCUCACCUCGCCCAGCCCCAUGAUGAGGAGCUACGGCGGCAGCUACCCCGACUACAGCAGCCCCAGCGCGCCGCCGCCGCCGCCGCCGUCGCAGCCCCAGUCCCAGGCGGCGGCGGCGGCGGCGGCGGCGGCGGCGGCGGCGGGGGCGGCGGCGGGCGGCCAGCAGGCGGCCGCGGGCAUGGGCUUGGGCAAGGACAUGGGCGCCCAGUACGCCGCUGCCAGCCCGGCCUGGGCGGCCGCGCAACAAAGGAGCCACCCGGCGAUGAGCCCCGGCACCCCCGGCCCGGCCAUGGGCAGAUCCCAGGGCAGCCCAAUGGAUCCUAUGGUGAUGAAGAGACCUCAGUUGUAUGGGAUGGGCAGUAACCCUCAUUCUCAGCCUCAGCAAAGCAGCCCUUACCCAGGAGGCUCUUACGGCCCACCAGGCCCACAACGGUAUCCAAUCAGUAUCCAGGGUCGGACCCCAGGGGCCAUGGGAGGAAUGCAGUACCCACAGCAGCAGAUGCCACCUCAGUAUGGACAGCAAGGUGUGAGUGGUUACUGCCAGCAGGGCCAGCAGCCUUACUACAACCAGCAGCCACAGCCUCCACAUCUCCCUCCGCAGGCCCAGUACCUGCCAUCCCAGUCCCAGCAAAGGUACCAGCCACAGCAGGACAUGUCUCAGGAAGGCUAUGGAACUAGGUCUCAACCUCCUUUGGCUCCUGGAAAACCUAACCAUGAAGACUUGAACUUAAUACAACAAGAAAGACCAUCAAGUUUACCAGUUGAAGUCUUGACCUCGGAGGAUACCGCCUUUGGACUCAAGGACCUGUCUGGCUCCAUCGAUGACCUCCCCACAGGAACAGAGGCCACCCUGAGCUCAGCAGUCAGUGCAUCGGGGUCCACGAGCAGCCAAGGGGAUCAAAGCAACCCGGCUCAGUCACCUUUCUCUCCACACGCAUCCCCCCAUCUCUCCAGCAUCCCUGGGGGCCCAUCGCCUUCUCCUGUUGGCUCUCCUGUGGGAAGUAACCAGUCACGAUCUGGCCCGAUUUCUCCUGCAAGUAUUCCAGGCAGUCAGAUGCCUCCUCAGCCACCUGGGAGCCAGUCAGAAUCCAGUUCCCAUCCUGCCUUGAGCCAGUCACCAAUGCCACAGGAAAGAGGUUUUAUGGCAGGCACACAAAGAAACCCUCAGAUGUCUCAGUAUGGACCUCAACAGACAGGACCAUCCAUGUCGCCUCAUCCUUCUCCUGGAGGCCAGAUGCAUCCUGGAAUCAGUAGCUUUCAGCAGAGUAACUCAAGUGGGACUUAUGGUCCACAGAUGAGCCAGUAUGGACCACAAGGUAACUACUCCAGACCCCCAACGUAUAGCGGGGUGCCCAGUGCAAGCUACAGCGGCCCAGGGCCCGGCAUGGGCAUCAAUGCCAACAACCAGAUGCAUGGACAGGGGCCAAGCCAGCCAUGUGGUGCGAUGCCCCUGGGACGAAUGCCAUCAGCUGGGAUGCAGAACAGACCAUUUCCUGGAAAUAUGAGCAGCAUGACCCCCAGUUCCCCUGGCAUGUCUCAGCAGGGAGGGCCAGGAAUGGGGCCACCGAUGCCGACCGUGAACCGUAAGGCACAGGAGGCAGCCGCCGCAGUGAUGCAGGCCGCUGCAAACUCGGCGCAGAGCAGGCCACCAUACAUUAGGUCGCCUGCUUAUCCCAGCCAGUCUGGGGCUGGCGGACGCCCCAUGUUUUCUUCCCAGCACCCCAACUAUGGCAACUCUCAGGCUCCCAUGAUGCACCAGCCUGACCAGUACGGGCAAGGCAGUUUUCCCGGCAUGAAUCAGAGUGGACUUAUGGCUUCCAGCUCUCCCUACAGCCAGCCUGUGAACAACAGCUCUGGGCUGAUGAAUACCCAGGCACCCCCCUACAGCAUGACGCCCAAUAUGGUGAACAGCUCAGCAGCAUCUAUGGGUCUUGCAGAUAUGAUGUCUCCCGGGGAAUCCAAAUUGCCCAUGCCUCUCAAAGCCGACGGUAAAGAAGAAGGCGCUCCGCAGCCUGAGAGCAAGUCGAAGGAUAGCUACAGCUCUCAGGGUAUUUCUCAGCCCCCAACCCCCGGCAACCUGCCAGUCCCUUCCCCAAUGUCCCCCAGCUCUGCUAGCAUCUCCUCAUUUCAUGGAGAUGAAAGUGAUAGCAUUAGCAGCCCAGGCUGGCCAAAGACUCCAUCAAGCCCUAAGUCCAGCUCAUCCACCACUACUGGGGAAAAGAUCACAAAGGUGUAUGAGUUGGGGAAUGAGCCAGAGCGGAAGCUAUGGGUCGACAGAUACCUUACCUUCAUGGAAGAGCGAGGCUCCCCUGUCUCAAGUCUGCCUGCAGUGGGCAAGAAGCCCUUGGACCUGUUCCGGCUCUAUGUCUGCGUCAAAGAGAUUGGAGGUUUGGCACAGGUUAAUAAAAACAAGAAGUGGCGUGAGCUGGCAACCAACCUAAAUGUUGGCACUUCAAGCAGUGCAGCGAGCUCCCUGAAAAAGCAGUAUAUUCAGUACCUGUUUGCCUUUGAGUGCAAGAUCGAGCGCGGGGAGGAGCCCCCGCCGGAAGUCUUUAGCACCGCGGACACCAAGAAGCAGCCCAAGCUCCAGCCGCCCUCUCCUGCUAACUCAGGAUCCUUGCAAGGUCCACAGACCCCCCAGUCAACUGGCAGUAACUCAAUGGCAGAGGUUCCAGGUGACCUGAAGCCACCGACCCCAGCCUCCACCCCUCACGGACAGAUGACCCCGAUGCAAGGUGGAAGAAGCAGUACAGUCAGUGUGCACGACCCAUUCUCAGAUGCCAGUGAUUCAUCAUUCCCAAAACGGAACUCCAUGACUCCAAGCACCCCAUACCAGCAGGGCAUGAGCAUGCCUGAUGUGAUGGGAAGGAUGCCCUAUGAACCCAACAAAGACCCCUUUGGUGGAAUGAGAAAAGUGCCUGGAAGCAGUGAGCCCUUCAUGACUCAAGGACAGAUGCCCGCUAGCAGUAUGCAGGACAUGUAUAACCAAAGUCCUUCUGGCGCGAUGUCCAGCCUGGGCAUGGGGCAGCGGCAGCAGUUUCCCUACGGAGCCAGUUAUGAUCGAAGGCAUGAACCUUAUGGGCAGCAGUACCCAGGCCAAGGCCCUCCCUCAGGACAGCCGCCAUAUGGAGGACACCAGCCCGGCCUGUAUCCACAGCAGCCGAAUUACAAACGCCAUAUGGACGGCAUGUAUGGGCCUCCAGCCAAACGCCACGAGGGAGACAUGUACAACAUGCAGUAUGGCAACCAACAGCAAGAGAUGUAUAACCAGUAUGGGAGCUCUUACUCCGGACCAGACAGGAGGCCCAUCCAGGGACAGUAUCCAUACCCCUACAACAGAGAGAGGAUGCAGGGCCCCGGGCAAAUACAGCCCCACGGGAUCCCGCCUCAGAUGAUGGGUGGCCCGAUGCAGUCGUCCUCCAGCGAGGGGCCUCAGCAGAGCAUGUGGGCGACACGCAACGAUAUGCCUUAUCCCUACCAGAACAGGCAAGGCCCCGGCGGCCCCGCCCAGGCACCUCCUUAUCCAGGCAUGAACCGCACGGAUGAUAUGAUGGUACCUGAUCAAAGGAUAAAUCACGAGAGCCAGUGGCCUUCUCACGUCAGCCAACGUCAGCCUUAUAUGUCCUCUCCCGCCUCCAUGCAGCCCAUCACGCGCCCACCUCAGUCAUCCUACCAGACGCCGCCAUCACUGCCAAAUCACAUCUCCAGAGCCCCCAGCCCCGCCUCCUUCCAGCGCUCCCUGGAGAGCCGCAUGUCUCCAAGCAAGUCUCCCUUUCUGCCAUCUCUGAAGAUGCAGAAGGUUCUGCCCACCGUCCCCACGCCCCAGGUCACAGGGCCGCCCCCCCAGCCACCCCCCAUCAGAAGGGAGAUCACCUUUCCUCCUGGCUCAGUCGAGGCGUCGCAGCCAGUCUUGAAACAAAGGCGGAAGAUUACCUCAAAAGAUAUCGUUACUCCUGAGGCUUGGCGUGUGAUGAUGUCCCUUAAGUCAGGUCUUCUAGCUGAAAGUACUUGGGCUCUGGACACUAUUAACAUUCUCCUGUACGAUGACAGCACCGUCGCUACCUUCAGUCUCUCCCAGUUGUCUGGAUUUCUCGAACUUUUAGUAGAGUACUUUAGGAAAUGCCUAAUUGACAUCUUUGGAAUUCUGAUGGAAUACGAGGUGGGAGACCCCAGCCAGAAAGCACUUGAUCACAAUGCAGUGAAGAGAGACGAUGGCCAGUCGUCGGCUGACGAUUCCGGGAAAGAGGAGGAUGACACCGAGUGCGUGGACGAAGAGGACGAGGAGGAUGAGGACGAGGACGAGGAGGACAGCGGGAAGCCAGAGACGGAGAGGAGCAGCGUGACUCUGGCCUCUCCCACUGCCCCCGCAGAUCCAAAGGAGAAGCCCCGGCAGGCCAGUAAGUUCGACAAGCUGCCCAUAAAGAUAGUCAAAAAGAACAACCUGUUUGUCGUCGACCGGUCGGACAAGCUGGGUCGCGUCCAGGAGUUCAACAGUGGGCUUCUCCACUGGCAGCUCGGUGGCGGCGACACCACCGAGCACAUCCAGACUCACUUUGAGAGCAAGAUGGAAAUCCCUCCUCGUAGGCGUCCGCCUCCUGCUCUAAGCUCCGCAGGUAGGAAGAGAGAGCAAGAAGGAAGAGGGGAGGCUGAGGAGCAGCAAGAGAAAAGCAUCAUCGCAACCAUCGACGAUGUCCUGUCUGCUCGGCCGGGGGCGCUGCCUGAAGACGCGAACCCCGGCACCCAGACGGAGAGCGGUAAGUUCCCCUUUGGGAUACAUCAAGCCAAAAGUCACCGGAACAUCAAGCUGCUGGAGGACGAGCCAAGGAGCCGAGACGAGACUCCUCUCUGCACCAUCGCGCACUGGCAGGAUUCCCUGGCCAAGCGCUGUAUCUGUGUGUCCAAUAUUGUCCGUAGCUUGUCUUUUGUGCCUGGCAACGACGCCGAGAUGUCCAAACAUCCAGGCUUGGUGCUGAUCCUGGGGAAGCUGAUUCUUCUUCACCACGAGCAUCCGGAGAGGAAGCGAGCGCCGCAGACCUAUGAGAAAGAGGAAGACGAGGACAAAGGGGUGGCCUGCAGCAAGGAUGAGUGGUGGUGGGACUGCCUGGAGGUCUUAAGGGACAACACGUUAGUCACAUUGGCCAACAUUUCUGGGCAGCUAGACUUGUCUGCUUACACAGAGAGCAUCUGCUUGCCGAUUUUGGAUGGCUUGCUGCACUGGAUGGUGUGCCCGUCUGCAGAGGCACAAGACCCCUUUCCAACGGUGGGACCCAACUCUGUCCUGUCGCCACAGAGACUCGUCCUGGAGACCCUCUGUAAACUCAGUAUCCAGGACAACAAUGUGGACCUGAUCUUGGCCACGCCUCCAUUUAGUCGUCAGGAGAAAUUCUAUGCGACGUUAGUUAGGUACGUUGGGGAUCGCAAAAACCCAGUCUGUCGAGAAAUGUCCAUGGCUCUCUUAUCGAACCUUGCCCAAGGGGACGCACUGGCGGCAAGGGCGAUAGCCGUGCAGAAAGGGAGCAUUGGAAACUUGAUAAGCUUCCUAGAGGAUGGGGUCACCAUGGCCCAGUAUCAGCAGAGCCAGCAUAACCUCCUGCACAUGCAGCCCCCGCCUCUAGAACCACCUAGCGUGGACAUGAUGUGCAGGGCGGCCAAGGCUCUGCUGGCCAUGGCCAGGGUGGACGAGAACCGCUCGGAAUUCCUUCUGCACGAGGGCCGGUUGCUGGAUAUCUCGAUAUCAGCCGUCCUGAACUCUCUGGUGGCGUCUGUCAUCUGUGAUGUACUGUUUCAGAUCGGGCAGUUAUGACACCCGUGAGAAGGCAGCAUGUGUGAGUGAAGACUAGAGGCU